AUGCCACGCGUCUCACUCCGAGUUCAACGGAAAGUAAGACCGCCUCUUCCACUUCCCCCUCUGCUCUGCUCCAUUUCUCCCUCUGCUUCCACUUCCCCCUCUGCUCUGCUCCAUUUCUUCCUCUGCUUCCACUUCUCCCUCUGUUUCCAUUUCCCCCUCUGCUUCCACUUCUCCCUCUGUUUCCAUUUCCCCCUCUGCUUCCACUUCCCCCUCUGCUCUGCUCCAUUUCUUCCUCUGCUUCCACUUCUCCCUCUGUUUCCAUUUCCCCCUCUGCUUCCACUUCUCCCUCUGUUUCCAUUUCCCCCUCUGCUUCCACUUCCCCCUCUGCUCUGCUCCAUUUCUUCCUCUGCUUCCACUUCUCCCUCUGUUUCCAUUUUCCCCUCUGCUUCCACUUCUCCCUCUGUUUCCAUUUCCCCCUCUGCUUCCACUUCCCCCUCUGCUCUGCUCCAUUUCUUCCUCUGCUUCCACUUCUCCCUCUGUUUCCAUUUUCCCCUCUGCUUCCACUUCUCCCUCUGUCCCACUUAUUUCGAAACGGUCACGGCAACAGCAACUCCCGCUGGUCCCACAACCCGUCAGCCGAUUCACGGCCUUCAAAGGCCGGCUCCGACCGAGCGAGUCACCACGACGCAGCUCGGCGUUAUGAGAGGGGAUCCGUGGGGCGGUCUGAGGGGGCUCGGUACGAAAGGCGGUAUGGGAGAGGGUAUGGGAGAGGGGACGUUAGAGGAUUCGAAUGCUGCCGCUGGGGGGGCUGCUUCUGGAGAGUUUCCGUUCCAGUCGCAUCACACGAUCCUGGACGUUGAUCAGAUUGAUCCGACGACUGGCGACGCUGCCGCGUGGGGUGGGCUGGACUCGGCUGCAGUGGCAGCGGCUUGGAAGAGGAGCUUUCUGAAGCGGGUGGUUGACACGAUCACCAAUUCCAAGUACUUCAAUCUGCAGACAGCUGGAUGGCUCAUUGCGGGGGCUGCCACGGCGGCAGUGGGCGUGCAGGUCACAGCACACAUCAUCCAGGCCAUCGAGUCCGUUCCUCUGCUUGCAUCUCUGGAAAUCCUUGUUGGCGCUGCUGUCACCACCAACGUCGCCACCACCAUUACUGGAGAGGGAAAAGCGCGCGAGCGCCUGGAGCAGCAGUGGGACGAGUUCGUGAAACGAGUCAGCGGCACGUAUGGGCUGUCGGACCCGACUUUUGAUGAGAUGGAGAGCGGUAAAGACCUCGAGGCAGUGGCACGUACGGGCUUUCCUUCCAACCCGGUGUUUGACGAGAUGGAUGGGGACAAUGACCCCGAGGCUCAGAUUCAGGACCUUCUGUCGCAGUGCAGUGCGAUUAUAGCCGAUGCAGCAGUGCAGCAGAGCGAGCAGCGGCCUUCACACCUCGGAGGCGACUCAUCAACAGAAACCCAGCAGCAGAGGGAGACGCAGGCAGCAGAGUUAUUGCGGAAGGCCGCAGAGAGACUUGGUCCAAAGCCUGCAAACAGCACAGGAAAGGAGACAGAGGGGGAGGAGCUGAAAGACGGGGAAGGGAAGCAGGCUACAGAGGCUGAUCCUGAGGUGCCUCAGAGAAAGGCUGAUGGGGAGGAGGGGGAGGAAGCGGUGGUGGCGGUGAGAAAGGCGGAGCUGGUGCGGGUGUUAUCUGAGUUUGUGGAGAGGAGGGAGGGCAGGGCGAGGCGGGUGAACCGCAUGCUGCAGCAGGAGGUGCAGGCGGGCAGGGGACUGGAGGGGCGACUGGGGGACCUUACUAAGGUGAGUGCGAGUAUGAUAGCAAUGGGAGGAUGGGGUGGGGCGAGGGGAUGGAACCGCGUGCUGCAGCUGGAGGUGCAGGCGGGCAGGGGGCUGGAGGGGCGACUUGGGAACCUUACUAAGGCUCUGGAAGUGCGCACUUUAGCGUCCGUGGCAGCAGCGCAGAACGUGGCUCGCCUGCAGGCACUCAACGACUCGCUGCAGGCGGAGCGCAACAGUGUGACGAGUCAGCUGUCUGCGUUGACCAAUCAGAUCACAGGGCUGACCACAUCUCUGGACGUGCUGACGAAGCAGCAGGACUCUGUAUCCCAGUCCAACACGGUGUUGCGCACUCGCCUGCGCAAGGCACUGCUGGAGAAGCGCCAGCUGGCGCAAUCAUUGCGGGCGGCGCACCGCGUGCAGAGCGAGCGGGCGAGUGACGUGGAGGGGCGGCUGCGGGCGGUGGGAGCACAGCUGAGGGCGAGCGAGGGGGCAAUGGUGCAGCAGAGGAGAGAGGAGGAGGUGAACUUGCAGACGUACCUGUCCCAGCAUGCUGCUAUUAAGUCAGAGCGCAACGCAGCAGUGGUGCAGGCAAGGGACUUGGAGCGCCGAGUGGCAUCUGCGGAAGCUCAGCUGAAGGAAGUCACCCGCUCUCGUGACCACCUCUUCAUCACCAACCAUGAGUUGAACACGCGUCUGACAGCAGCAAUGAGCGAGAACAGGCUGCUAAAGCAGCGAGUCGAUCAGCUGCAGCGCACCAGCCGCCACUCUGCUGCCUCCUUCAGAGACCGCGAGAGCACGCUCAAGCAGCACCUUGCGGAGCGCCAUGCUGAGCUGGCAGCCUCCCGCCAGCAGGCAGCCGCUGAGCUGGCACGAGUGACAUCCAGCCUGGAAGCCAAAGUGAGAGCAGCGCAGGAGGAGGUGGAGGAGAGCAAGGGGGCGGUGAGGUGGCUGGAGGAGCAGGUGGAGUCGAUGCGGGAGGAGGGGCUGCUGCACACGACACGGCUGAGGGCUGCUGUGGCUGCCGCUGAGAAGCGGGCACAAGAGGAAGCCGAACGGGCCAAUGAGCUGCAAGCGUUGCUUGCAGAGAGAAAGGAGGCAUCAGACAGAGAGACGAGGCUUCUUGAAGAAAAGGUUUCCUUGCUAGAGUCCAAACUGAGCGAGAUGGAAUUGAAACUGGCUGCUACAGUGAACAGUGCGAUAGCAACUGCCAGGUCAGCACUCCUGCCGCCCACCCCUGCCUCGCCAGUAGACGCCUCGUUACUGUCCUUUGAAGGCUUUGGAUCGAGUAUUGAAAACACCGAAAGCAAUACUCUCUCUGGCUCACCCAAUAGCAGUGAAGUUGGCAGCAGCAUGAGCAGUGGCAGCGUGAGCAGCAGCAGUGGCGGCAGGAGAGGGAGCAGAAAGGGGGAGAAGAGCAGGAGCAGCAGCCCUGCGAGGCGUCUACGCAAGGAGGGGAGCAUGGACGGAAGCGUGGAGGAGACUGGGCUCGCCAAAAGGACCAGUGUAGAGGGGACAGCGUUGGGUCAAGAGGGAAGCUCAGAGGUAGGGUCGCUGGGCGAAGGGAGAACCGCAAACUUGACAGCAUUGGGUGAAGGGGGAAGUGCAAAGGUAGCGGAGAAUAAGGCAGGUGGAGGCAGAGGUGAGGAGAUGGAAGCAGGUGAGGCGAGCAAUGAAGAGGCGCUGGGAGCAGGCGAGGCGAGCAAUGAAGAGGCGCUGGGAGCAGGCGAGGAGAGCAAUGAAGAGGCGCUGGGAGCAGGCGAGGAGAGCAGCACGAAGGAAAGAGCUGGAGGCAUGCGCACGAGCAACUCUGCUGCUGAGGCUGAAGCCGAAGCUCUUGCUGCUGAUGGUGCUGUUCCUAUCGGUGCUCAGGGUGAUGGCAAUGGUGAGGAGGAUGUUGUUGCUGUGGAUGCCACUUCUGCAGCAACGGUGCGUGGGGAGGAGGAAGGAGCUGCAGUGAUUGGUGCUGACGUUGAAGGAAGUGCGGCUGGGCCAACUGCUGGUGCAACUGUUGGUGCAGAGGUGUCAGCUCGUGGAACGCCGAACGAGGCUCUUGGCACGCCGAACGAAAAUGACUUGAAGGUGUAUGCAAGGGCCAUCUUCCCUGCGUAUGUGUCACUCGACGCGUCUAUCAUGGAGCAGAGCCGAGGCAUGACAGCCAUGGUGCAGGUACGGCUGUCAUGGUAUGGUGGUAGUGCGUGUAUGCAGGAUAUGGUCAAGAUGGGGGCAGACAAAUCAUGGGCCAAGCGUCAUGUGGAGGAGGAGUUAUUGAAACCCGCGCUGACACAACAUGUAGCCGUUGCUGCUGCUCGUGCGUGCUGGCACAUCGGUGUGCCGAUCGAUGUGCCAGGAUCGAUCGUUAUCACGUUGCGCAUGGACGUGCCGCCUUCCACGCCGUGCUGCGCGGCCAGCCAUCCAGAUCGUCACAGUAGCGGCCAUUCCUCAUGCCUAAGCUCCUCCGCGUGCACGGAAGCUGCCUCGCCGGACGGCGAGUGGAAUCUGCGCGAAGCGGGGAGUGGCGCAGGCGCAGGUCCUUCCGCGCGCGGGGGAUCUUCCGCGGGUCUUCCGCAGAAGCGGCGGGAGCCGCCGUCCGCGCAGAGGGACCGCGCGGAGUGCCGGUGGCGCGCUGCAUGGUGUGUCUGUGCCUGCGCGUUGCAUGGUGUGUCUGUGCCUCUGCCGUGUGUACGAGGACGUAAAGCGGCGCGCUGCAUGGUGUGCCUGUGUCUGUGCCGAGUCUAUGAAGACGUGGAGAGGUGCUGUGAACCGGGGUGCUAUGGGCCGUCCAUUAUUCGUGCGUCCCAGGCUGUGGGCCGUCCAUUAUUCGUGAGCCGCAUCCGCCUUGCUCCUCCAUCCCCUUGCCAAUCUGCGUUUCCUCUACCCCUGGUUCCCUCCUUCCAUGCUUCUCUGUAUCCCUUCUUAUCCCCCUCAAGGCAUGUGCGCGCUGCCCCUGCCCCACGUUGCAGUGGACUUCCGCCUGCCUCCCGCCAUAUCCCCCUCUCUCUCCCCCCUUCCUCUCCCCAUUCCUCUCCCCCUCUCUUUCCCCGCUUCCCCUGUCUGCAGCAAGGCAUGUGCGCGCUGCCCCUGCCCCACGUGGCAGUGGAUUUUCGCCUGCCCCCCGCUAUUCCCCUCUCUGUGGAUAUGGAGGAGCGGGACGAUGGGACCCUACCAGCUGCAAACCAGCAGCUGAAGCCGCGAUACAUACACAUCAACUCGAUCGCAUACCCCACCACCCCUUCACCAUCCCAAACGUCCCAGCCCCCCUCCUACACCCAUUCUCCCACCCCCCCACUCCCCACCCUCGCUCUCCCCUCCCCACCCCCCCCCUCCUCCCCCGCUCUUCCGUCAUCCCCCCAUGCAAUAAACCGCGCCUCCACCGCACGCCAGACGCAGCGCUGUGGGUGGGGAGCCAUGGCAGCAGAGCCCAUCAAGGCGGGCGAGUUCAUCGUUGAAUACGCCGGUGAAGUGAUUGACGAUGCGAUGUGUGAGGCACGACUAUGGGCCAUGCGGGCAGGGGGAGCGACGGAUUUCUACAUGUGCGAAGUGAGCCGCGACGUGGUCAUUGAUGCCACCUUCCGUGGGGGGCACGGCCGCUUCGUCAACCACAGCUGCGCUCCCAACGCCGAGCUGCAGAAGUGGCUAGUGGAGGGGCAUGUGCGGGUGGGCAUUUUCGCCAUCAAGGACAUUGCAGUGGGCACAGAAGUGGCGUAUGAUUACAGUGCUUUUGAGUCGACACUCAAAUGCAUUCCCCCUUGA